GUGCCCACCUUUUCUUUCCAACGUGUCUUUGGGAAGAACCUGUGCCAGCUGAGUUGGAUUAAUGGGGUUUUUGUAUGCGGCGCUAUAAGCUGCGUUCAUGUGUUGAUGUCAGUGAGCAAUAUAUCUAGAGGCUGCUGAGUUUUUGAAACUGGGUUGAGAAGAAAUACAUGUUUAUGGAUGCAAACAAUGGCUACUGGGGUAGUGGGAAGGUGGGUUGUACCUGUAGGUAACUGCAGCAGACCCGCAGUGGAAGUGUUUCACGUGAGACAUGUCUACAGAGCUCAGGAAGCCAGUGAUACCAAGUAAAGCAUUAUUCUAAGCUGAACUAAAACUGCAUAGACUGAAGGGUGGGAGGGAAAUGAUGAGGAAAGCAAUAAGGCAGUAAAAGGGAUUUGGCAGAAGAUAAUGGAGGAUUUUGCUUAAGAAAUGGCCACCUGGUAGUGUGGAGUACUGCUCAGAGGUGAGUCAACCUGUGCCCAGGGUAUGUUAAAGAGCUCCUAUGUGGCAGCAGAGAUGUGCUAUACGUGGUUUCACUGCAGUGUGGUGGGCCUGUGAAUCAAAAUCCUGAGUUGAAAUUACUGUUUCAGUCCUCUGCUACAAUUGAGCACUUGAGAAGGAUGCUGUCCCAUUUCUGAGUAACUGCCUUCAUACCUAAGGAGAGAGUGCCUGCGUUGGUGGCACUCUACAGUCCUAUUACUCCUCUGGUGGCACAGUGCAGGUAGUUUGCUGUGCAGCUGAGCCUGUGUUUAGCUAAUAGCAUCACUGGAUAUAAAUUUUGCAUGCAGUCUGUACUCUUCUGUUCCCUAGGCCUUGUUUCACAUUUGUCUUUGCUGUAAGAGAUGCUUUCAUGCAUUUUUCUCCUACUCAUGUAUAUGUGUCAAAUAAAAGUCAGCAGAAGUCUGUCCUGGGAGAGCACGCAAGUUUGAAGUUGCUUUCUGAUUCCCUGCUGUAAGAGCAGGGGAGACUUUAAGCUUCCAAGUAAUUUUUGUUCUGAUCCUUCUAAGAUUGGACUUUGAGAUCAGGAGUUCUGCUCCCAGGACAGAUGACUCAGAAUGGUUUAGAAGGAGCACAGUGUUUUUUUGAGACCCGAGUGCAAGCGAGCAGAAUGCUCUGGUGAAUGUGGAUCUGUUGUAAAGCAUGAUGGUGAAGUUCAGACCAGACAUAUUUGUAGUACCAAUGAAAGAGGAGAGGUAAUGGAAGAUUGGAAUGAGUUGGACCAUCUUUGCUCAGUGUCAGAUGAAGUAAAGCAUGUAGUUGUGAGAUGCUUUGACAAGACUACAAUGUCUAAAAUGAAUACACAUCAUCUUUCACGCCAUCCAGAUUUUGAUCCUGCUCUUGGAAUGAUGACUGGAAUCCCUCCAAUCAAUCCCAUGAUGCCAGGCUUGGGCAUAGUCCCUCCUCCCAUCCCUCCAGACAUGCCUGCUGUGAAGGAGAUCAUUCACUGCAAGAGCUGCACUCUUUUCCCACCUAACCCACAUCUGCCCCCCCCAGCAACAAGAGAGAGGCCCCCAGGCUGUAAGACCGUGUUUGUCGGGGGGCUGCCGGAAAAUGGAACCGAGCAGAUCAUUAUGGAAGUGUUUGAGCAGUGUGGAGAAGUCAUAGCUAUUCGGAAGAGUAAGAAGAACUUCUGUCACAUCCGCUUCGCUGAGGAAUUCAUGGUGGACAAGGCACUGUAUCUUUCUGGCUAUCGCAUCAGGUUGGGUUCCAGCACUGACAAGAAGGACACCGGGCGCCUGCACGUGGAUUUUGCCCAGGCUCGGGAUGACCUCUAUGAGUGGGAGUGCAAGCAGCGCAUGCUGGCAAGGGAGGAGCGCCAUCGCAGGAGGCUGGAGGAGGAACGCUUCCACCCGCCCUCCCCACCUCCUGUUGUGCAUUACUCUGACCACGAGUGCAGCAUUGUUGCGGAGAAGCUGAAAGAUGACACUAAGUUCUCAGAAGCUGUGCAGACCUUGCUCACCUGGAUAGAGCGUGGAGAAGUGAACAGGAGGACUGCAAACAACUUCUACUCCAUGAUUCAGUCGGCCAACAGCCACAUUCGCAGAUUGGUGAACGAGAAGGCAGCACAUGAGAAGGAGAUGGAAGAAGCUAAAGAGAAGUUCAAGCUUGCUCUCUCAGGGAUUCUGGUUCAGUUCGAGCAAAUAGUGGCCGUGUACCAUUCUGCCUCCAAACAAAAGGCUUGGGACCAUUUCACGAAAGCUCAGCGUAAGAACAUCAGCGUGUGGUGCAAACAAGCAGAGGAGAUUCGUAACAUUCAUAAUGACGAACUAAUGGGCAUUCGAAGAGAGGAGGAAAUGGAAAUGUCUGAUGAAGAAAUAGAAGAUCCAUCAGAAAUGAAAGAAACGGAUGAAUCAGCACUUGUGUCACAGGUGGAAGCCCUGAAAGAAGAAAAUGACAGUCUGCGCUGGCAGCUGGAUGCCUACCGGAAUGAAGUAGAGCUCCUAAAGCAGGAGCACGGCAAAGCCAGCAGGGAUGAAGACACAACCAAAGAGCAGCAGCUGAAACUUCUCCAGCAGGCUCUGCAGGGAAUGCAGCAGCAUCUUUUGAAAGUUCAAGAUGAAUACAAAAAGAGAGAAGCUGAGCUGGAAAAAGUGAAAGAAGACAAACUAAAAAUCGAAACGUUAUUAGAAACCCUUAAGGAGCAGCAAAGCGUAGCAAAUGAAGAGGACAAAGAGAGAGAUGUUACUGAUGGCCAGGGGAAUGAGAGCAGUAUGCCCAGAGUUUGUGCAUGCAGCCAGGAGAAGGAGUGUCCAGUUGAGAAGACGCUGAGCAAUAGCCCUGUGAAAUCAGAACGAGAAGCUCUCUUAGUUGGAAUAAUUUCAACAUUUCUUCACGUGCACCCAUUUGGAGCAAGCAUAGAGUAUAUUUGUUCCUACCUGCAGCGCCUGGACAGCAAAAUUUGCACCACAGAAGUGGAAGUUCUCAUGACCAGACUACAGACAACAUUUAAACAGGAGCUGAGUGGGGUUGGGGCCAGUUUGGAGAAAAAAUGGAAGUUUUGUGGCUUUGAUGGCUUGAAAAUGACUUGAACUUCAGCUGAACUGACUUAACACUGAAAGCAACAGCAGGAUGUGUGCGUCAAGAAAAUUUGGGAUGCCUCUUACCUCUGUUUCUGAUGAUUAUCUUGCACGCAUGGGAUAAUAAUGUAAGUGAAAUUUUAAGUCCAGAUUAGCACUAGGAGAAACUUCAGGUGCUGGAGCUUCUUUGAGUUAUUUUGUUAACAGGCAAAGUGCUGUUUGAUACAUUUUGUGUACAAAGUUCAUGUCUGAUAUUUUCAAGCACAGCAUGUAGACCCAGUGUUUUGCCAAUGUUGUAUCUGUUUCGUGUGCCCAAAUCUCUGGUUAUCACUGUACCUUCUUUUUACUGAUAGAAACAUAUAGACUAUCCACUCAGACAAUAGUUUUCUGGUUUCUAGAACCACCAAAAGGAAAAAAAAAAAAGGCAUUUUUUUUAGACCUUUAUAUGCUAAAAAAGUAAAUAUGUUUAAGCAGAAGAUUUAAUUGAGCCUAACAAUCAGUUCUUUUUCAUGCUCUUUUCUCUACUGAAGGUUUAACUGUUAAGCUAAGGUGAAGGCAGUGUCACCAGGAGUGUGAUUAUAGCAGUACCUCUGGGGUGUGCAUUGCAAAAUCAGUCUAAACAAACUUUUUGUGGGAGGGAUAUUUAAUUUUCUACUGAUCUGGGUGGAGCAAAAGGCCUACAUCAGACCUGUAUUUUUACUGAUUGUUUACCAUCAAAUUUCUCCACCUGCUUUGUUUUUGAGACUGAUCUUCACAAAGUGUGAGAAGCAGCACAGACUGCAGCUUCCCAAGGGCUGUUCCUCAUGUUCUCAGUAAACAUCAGACACUCAGCCCUCUGCAGAAAAUUAGUAAGAUAGACUCUGAAAUGCUUUAACAAUCAAAAAACCAAACGAAAAGGAAUCCACGCUGUCAUCAGACAGAGCUUUGGUAGUGGAUACCUCCUGGAGUUGUAGAAGUGAGUGAGGGACCUGCAUGUAUCUUAUUGUGGUGCAGGCUGCAGAAACAAGUGGAACAAACCUUUCUAUUGGGACCAGGCUGCCCAUGCUGGGGGGGAGCUACCUGCUCACCUUGCUCCUGACACUGAAAGACUGCUACACUGGAAAUCCUUUUAAAGAAAUCUGAGUAUUUGUGUCACUACAAGUGAACGUUGUAUUUUUAAGGAAUAAACAUUUUUUAUGUUCCAA